AAUCGGUUAAAAUUAAUAUUAUACUCUAUUUUGGGCUUCUGAUAAAUAAGCCAGUCCGUCGUCUCUUCUCGGGCGAACGACCAACCCCUCCACCUGCUAGGGUUUCCUUCUUUGGAUCUUUGGAUUUACAAACCCUAGAUACGCUAGUUCGUUGUUUCCCAACCGACGAGCACGUCAAAAUCCCUCAUCCCUUCGUUUAUUUCAGUUUUCAGGGAUUUCGCAGCCUGCGAUGCAUCUGGUGGGCAAGGCGCCGAACGGGUUCUGGGGCCGCAACAAGCGCACGGCUUCCAAGGAGGCGGAAGAGGGGGAGGAGGGAGGGCCAUGGCUGAAUCUUUGGCUGGGUAAUCUCUCUGACGAAACCGUCGACGAGGAUCUGAUGGCAGUUCUCGGUAACUACGGUGCGAUGGACGCGGUUACGUCGUACUUCCCUCGGCCGUAUGCCUUUGUGUACUUCAGGACCAUCGAGGAUGCCAAGGCAGCUAAACAAGCACUCCAGGGAAUUGUGAUGCGUGGAAAACCCAUCAGAAUCGAGUUUGCCCGACCGGCAAAACCUGGGAAAACCCUAUGGGUUGGUGGUAUUAGUCAAUCUGUCACAAAGAUGCAGCUUGAGAAUAUAUUUGCGAAGUUUGGGGAGAUUGAAGAUUUCAGAUUUCUUCGGCAUCGUGGUUCAGCAUUUAUUUGUUUCCAUAGAAUUGAUGAUGCCAUUGCUGCACAGAAAAGCAUGAACUGGAAGCAUCUUGGGGGUAGUGAAAUACGUGUAGAUUUUCAGAGGUCACCAACUCUAAGAAGGGAUUGGGACGCAGAGCAUGAUUACAGGAACAGUAAGAAUCUGCUACCAACUGAUCAGUUAUUAUCUCCUGAUGAGGUGAAAUAUUUUCAUGACUCCUCUACCCACCUUGGAGCAAAGAGACCUCUGCCACAUGGAAGGAAAAGGGAUGAACAGCUAAGUAAUGUUCUUUGGGUGGGUUACCCACCGGAGUUGCAGAUUGACGAGGAGUUACUUCACAAUUCAAUGAUUUUGUUUGGUGAAAUUGAACGAAUUCAGAGUUAUCCUGAAAGAAACUACUGCUAUGUAGAAUUUAGAAGUGUUGAUGAAGCUCGUCGUGCUAAAGAAGGAUUGCAAGGACGUCUUUUGGGUGAUAGUAGGAUACAGAUUUUGUUCUCUAAUAGUGAGCUAAUAGGAGGCAAGGAAAAUACCCCGUUUUCUGCACCAGAGGUCUUUUUGAAUGAGCCUUUUUUUGGCCCAGUGGAAUUAUUUGGUCCAGGCCAUUCAAUGGCUUCAAACCGUUUUCCUGGACACUUAACUCCAAAUGCUAUUCCUCGGACUAAUAUAUUAAUUAGGCCAUUUCCACAAGGAUUUGAUCCCCAACAUGGUGGUUCGGACUUCCAUGAGUUUGGCGGUGGUAUUCAUAACUUUCCUGAAAGCAUCAUUAACAAUCCGAUGGCUUCAAAUUUGAAGAGGCCGUCGCCUUCUGCGCCUGGUCUAAUCACUUCUGGACCUGUAAUACGCCCACCUUUCAGGCCCUUACAAGCACAACGGGAUGAAUUUGACAUUAGGGAACCAAAGAGAUCAAGAGUUGAUGGCUUUUUCCCUUCAAGUGAUGCUCAUUUCCCAGGAAGACUAGUUGAUGUUGAUGACAUGCCGGACUUUUCUGGCUUACCUCAUCCAGAUAGAAACCUUCUCAGUCAUCGGCAGCAGACUCCUGAUAUUCGCGGCCAUGAUCCUUCAAGAGCAUCUCCUGGAAUUGACUACUGUUGGCGUGGUAUUAUUGCUAAGGGUGGCACACCUGUCUGUCGUGCGCGAUGUCUGCCUAUAGGAAAUGGCAUAGAAGCUCCAUUCCCUGACAUAGUUAACUGUUCAGCAAGAACAGGAUUAGACAUGCUUACAACUCACUACUCGGAGGCGGUUGGUUUUGAUAUGGUGUUCUUUCUUCCCGACAGUGAAGAGGAUUUUGCUUCUUAUACAGAAUUUCUAAGAUACCUAGGUCAAAGAGACCGAGCUGGUGUGGCAAAAUUUGAUGAUGGGACUACAAUGUUUUUAGUGCCUCCAUCAGAUUUCUUGACAAAGGUUUUGAAAUAUUCUGGUCCUGAACGCUUAUAUGGUGUCGUUCUUAAACUGCCCCAGCAAACCACCCCUGCGCAGCAACUACAAGCUAUCAUUCCGCCUGUUGAUGCCAUAGAUCCACAGCUGGGGCGUGCAUCGCAGAGAAGUUAUGGUUUUAUGACACAGAAUGAGGACCAAUCUUUGAAGGUAGAUUAUGGUAUUAGCUUGCAGGAGAGACCAAUACCUCAUGCAGGGGCUGAAAGGCCAAGGUUGGUGGUGCAUUCAGAGGAACAACAUGCAAUUUCGUCACUUGCACAAGAUCACUUGAAGAGCCAUGAAACUACAUCCCAACCUGAAGUUUCCCUAACGCCUGAAUUAAUAGCAACGCUAGCCUCUCUGAUCCCUACAAACAGUCAUCCAUCUGCUGUGAUGCCUUCCCAGAUGCCUUCAAGUUCUGCUGGGAUGCCUUCCUUUUCUGGUCCUCCAGUAAAUGAUAAUGCAAUGUUAAUGCAAGGCUGGGGUCAAGAAGGAAGGAGCACCUUUUCUUCUACUCCCUUAGAGCAUAAUAUAUAUAAUCCCAUGCAGAAUUUACCACCACCAGGGCAUCAGUAUUCCAACCAAGCCCCAAUGGUUCAUCAGUUUCCAAACUAUACGAACAUCACAAAUGGUGUGGAUAACUCAUUUCAACCUGCCAUGGUUGGCAUGCCACCAUUGCAAGAAGCCUCUUUACAAAUGCAGCAGGCUCCUGGUAUUAUUGGGACUGUAGGGAAUAUAGUUUCAUCACAGGUUGGUCAAUUUCAAGUCCUCCAGAGCAAUCAAGCUGCAGAUGUAGCUAGCAUCUACAACUUGCCCAUCAGGCACCAAUUUACACCUGCUACUCCUGCCACAACUCAUAAUGGAAGUGUGUUGCAGAUCCCAGCAGACACACCUGUAAUAAAUGACAGAUUGAAUGUUGAUUUUUCUAAUCAAGCUCAACACUUACAUGCAGCUAUCCCUGGUUCUGGCCAGGGCAACUCUGAAGGUGAUGCCGAUAAGGAUCAGCGUUACCACUCUACUCUGCAGUUUGCUGCCAGUUUGCUCCUUCAGAUACAACAGCAGCAGCAAGCCAAAGCACAGGCUGCACUGGGAUCUGGAAGUCAACAAUAACUAUGCUUUCUCCUGGUAAGUAACCGUCAUACCUAAAGUUAUUCCACUUUUAUGUUUGAUAAGGUAGUUGAUAGUUUAUACUAUACCUUGAAAUUUUCUUUUUGUUGAUGUGGGAUUGAUUUGCUGCAUAAUUUGGCUUGUUUUAUUUUUUAGCCGACUAUUUCUUUUUAAGCCCUUCGUUGACAAAAUCUUUCAUGUUUUUUUUGUUGACCUUUUUAGUCAGCCUAUGGAAAAUAGGGCGUAACUAGAACUAAUUUCUUAGUUUGAAUUCAAAAACAUCCUGGAAAUUUGCGUGAUGACAAAGUUAGAAGCAGUUUUUAAAGGAGAUUAGCUAGUUAUGGAGGCAGGCUUACACUUUAGAAAGAUUUUGUUACAUAAAUACCACCAUAGCUUGAUGUUUCUGAUUAAAUAUAGAAAAAUGGUAUUGGAGUACAGUGAAGAUACCCUGGAGAUAAAAUGCUUCAUUGUAAAUGAUUGUUAUAGCAUGAAUUGCCUAGCAUCAAGACUUUCAUAAUUGGUGGAACACAGUAUUCAUUGAUAAGAAAGUUUGCCGUAUUGGAGCACGAUUUUGAUUUUGCUAGUGUUUAGUUUUAAAUUUGUCAGCUGGAUGGAUUGGUUAAAAGCCCUGACAAUGCUCUAUACAGAAUCAUGUCAAAGAGUGAGAUGAUUCGAAUCAUCAUAAUUUUAAUUCAAUUAUUGUAAAUGAGAGAUAAUGACAUGCACUGGACUUGAGUGUUCCUUUGUUCGGUUCUACAAUUGAUUACUAAAGAAGGCUACUAUUCAUUGUUGGCAUUCACCUCCCAUAAAAUUCUAUCAUUUUUAGGAUGUUAUGUUAUAACCUGGAUGUAAAAAUAAGCCAUUUCUGAAAUUAUGCUUCUUUUUUAUGAGAAGUUUAGAAGUCUCCCUUCUUUUUCCUUGUGAAUUCCUAUGUGCUUUUGGACCUGUCAUUCUUUUCAAGCCUAUUUUGUUGCCUAGAGGAUAUUCUACCCUUUUUCUUUUAGAGUACAUUACACAUUUGUGAAAAUGAAAUCUUUAUUUUUAGAGGGUUUUGAGACGGCUUUUCUUGUUUUAAAUCAAUGUGGAUAUGUAAUUACAUCCCAAAUACCUAGAGGAUUUAGCAACGUCAUUUUUCAAGCAACCAAAUGAGCCUAGGUGAAAUUUCUAGAAACCUCGCUAUUAUUUUUUUUUCUUUGAUAUAGAAAGGUGAGUUGCUUGGCCAAUUUUUUAGGCUAACUUAUACCAUCUAUUUGUUAUGCUGUUUUUGUAUCAUUAGGCAAGAUCAAUGGUGCAAUAGUUGAUGCAGUAGUACCUUGGCGUGUAAACUUGAUAGUCCAGUAGUUGAAGACUAGUUUGUGAGGCAUUUGAAAUGGUGGGCGCCUCUUUAGAACCUCAGUCUUCCCUAUACGUGUUUAGAUUUUAUUACUCCAUGCAAUUUUUCAUAGGUUUCUGUGCUUUUUCAUUCUCUUCGUAGCCAUCCCUUAAUAUGAUUUGGUUUUGUGUGAAAAUUUCAUUACCCUUCUUAAUCUAUGUGAACCAUAACUUCAAACUUCAAACUGAUCAAUUGUAGGAAAUAGAAAUAAAGGGGCCUCAGUAUAAAAUAAAGAGAAGGGAUCAUGAUGAAUGCUGAGAAGAUUAACACCAUUGGCCACACCCCCGCCCCAAAGUUUAGGCUUCAAUUUUUUCACUUUGUUCUCUAGGCCAUGCAAGGUAACACUGGAAGUAGAACAGAGGUGGGUCAGGGAGAAUGGAAAGGAAGAGCUAAUGGAAUUUUUACACUAACAAAUUCAGGCUAUACGGUAUUAUAUUAAGGGAAGGUAGAGUAAUGCUUCACUCCCCCCAAAAUUAGAAAGUUCAGGAUUUUCCUAUUGCUUGUGCCCAAGUCAAUGUGGUGCCACCUUAAUAUUAAGGGUAGACUAUUAUUUCACUCACCAAAUAAAAUAUUGAAAAAUUAAAGUUUUUUUUUUCCACGUGCCCUAAGUUUAUGUAGUUAUAUGUGGCCUAUUCUUUUUUAUUGGGCCGCACAGGCUUCAGGAAUAUGAAGCAAUAGGGAAAUUAAUGCUGUAACCUAAUUUCACUUCCAACCACUUGGUUUUCUGGUAUUUGCUUUUGAUUUUUUUAUUUUUUUGGUAGUUAAUAUAAGCUCCCUUUUUUCACAAAUUGUUUACCUCUUUUAAUUAGAUUCAUUCAACAAUCUUUUUAACGAUCUAGGAUUAAUGCUGGCUAGCAGCUCCUAUAUUGACCUUUAUUUCAUGAUUAAACAUCGAACAUUGAGUGCAUGUGUGAUUUCAUUUGCUUCAAGCAUGACGAAAUUAUUUUUUAACUGCUUCGCUGCCCUUUAUAAUUGCUUGCAUCAUUUCUCAUUUAAUUCUAUUUGUUAUUUAGCAUUUAGUUUUUAAUAUUCUUUAUGGAUCCAUCACUCAUGCGCAUCUUUUAUUAUUUUGAAACUCUUGCAAGAUUUUUGAUAUUUUAGUGUGGUUGUGCUGAAAUUAUCUAAUUUUCUUGUUCUAAAUUUUUUCUUUGUAAUUAUUUAUUAUUCUUUCUUGUUAAAAUGAAUACCAGAUUUCUGUUUUUUUAUAGUGUAUUUUAGAUAUUGUUUAUUAUA